UGCGUACUUCCGGCUGCCGGGUUGACAUGAAGUAGCAGCGGCUGCUAGGGCGGCGGUAGCGGCGAGAGUCGCGGCUUGGAACGGGCUUUGGGGCUCCGAGCGAGACGCGGCCUAGAGCGACAGGCGGCGUAGCUGGCCGAGGAGGGGGCACAGCACCGCCCUGGCCCGUCAUGGAAAUGGAAAAGGCCUUUGAGCAGAUCGACAAGACCGGGAGCUGGGCGGCCAUUUACCAGAACAUCCGACGUGAAGCCAGUGACUUUCCCUGUAGAGUGGCUAAGCUUCCGAAGAACAAAAACCGAAACAGGUACCGAGACGUCAGUCCCUUUGACCAUAGUCGGAUUAAACUACAUCAAGAGGAUAACGACUAUAUCAAUGCAAGUUUGAUAAAAAUGGAAGAAGCCCAAAGGAGUUACAUUCUCACCCAGGGCCCACUGCCCAACACAUGUGGGCACUUCUGGGAGAUGGUGUGGGAGCAGAGGAGCAGGGGCGUGGUCAUGCUCAACCGCGUGAUCGAGAAGGGCUCGAUAAAGUGUGCACAGUACUGGCCACAAAAAGAAAAAAGAGAGAUGGUCUUUGAUGACACAAAUUUGAAAUUAACAUUGAUCUCGGAAGACAUCAAGUCGUAUUACACAGUACGACAGCUAGAACUGGAAAACCCUACAACCCAAGAAACUCGAGAGAUCUUGCACUUCCACUACACCACAUGGCCUGACUUCGGAGUCCCAGAGUCACCAGCCUCAUUCCUGAACUUUCUUUUCAAAGUUCGUGAGUCGGGCUCCCUCAGCCCGGAGCACGGCCCUAUUGUGGUGCACUGCAGUGCCGGCAUCGGCAGGUCGGGGACCUUCUGCCUGGCGGACACCUGCCUCUUGUUGAUGGACAAGAGGAAAGACCCUUCAUCCGUGGACAUCAAGAAAGUGCUGUUGGAGAUGAGGAGGUUCCGGAUGGGGCUGAUCCAGACGGCCGACCAGCUGCGUUUCUCCUACCUGGCCGUGAUCGAAGGUGCCAAAUUCAUCAUGGGAGACUCUUCGGUGCAGGACCAGUGGAAGGAGCUCUCCCACGAGGACCUGGAGCCCCCACCUGAGCACGUGCCCCCUCCGCCUCGGCCACCCAAAAGAAUCCUGGAGCCACACAAUGGCAGAUGCAAGGAGUUCUUCUCAAACCACCAAUGGGUAAAGGAUGAGAGUGAAGAGGAUAAAGAUGGCCCCAUUGAGGAAGAAACCAGAACCCCCUUAAGUGUACCCUGCAGCAUGGGCAGCAGGAGCCGAGACACUGAAGUUAGAAGUCGGGUGGCUGGUGGAGGUCUGUGCAGCACCCAAGCUGCCUGCCCUGCCAAGGGGGAGCCGUCACCGCCCAAGGAGGAGGAGCAGGAAUGCGCGCCCCCUCCCUGGAAGCCCUUCCUGGUGCACGUGUGCGUGGCCACAGCACUCACGGCCGGAGCGUACCUCUGCUACAAGGUCUAUUUCCACUGACAGGGACAGUGAGGCGCACGAGCGCAGGAAGCGCUGGCCGUGCCGGGCGAGGAUGCUGUUUUGAGGAGCAUCUGAGCCAGUCUCAGAAAGAACGGAUCAAGGUGUUUAAAGUCUGGAACUGUGGAAGGGCUAAUGAGAGAAGUAAGGAUUGCUGCACUGGGGUUUUAAGGAGCCCUGUGGUCCCAAGAAUAUAAGAGUCUAAUCUCAGGGCCUUAACCUAUUCAGGAGUAAGUAGAGAAAAUGCCAAAUACGCGUCUCUCUCUCUCUCUCUCUCUCUCUCUCUCUCUCUCUCUCUCUGUUUCUCUCUCUGUCUCUCUCUG